GCGUGGUAUUCCGGCCGGUGACGUUCGCGACGCUCUAACGUCGUCGAGACGUCAGCUCGUCGUUACUGUGAAACGAAUCGAGUCCAGUUGUAGUCUGAAAUGUGACGGCACCUGAAGCAUCCAAGGAGAGUGAUGGCUUCGAUCUGCCGACGUUGGAGAUUAUGGAUAUUGCCUGUGCUGACCUGCCUGUAUGCGCUACUCAUUGUUAUACUUGUACCAAUCUUACUAGUCAAUUCCAUUAAGAAUGGCUUUAAGAAGCAGGAUCAAGGUGCACUGGUGGGUGGCGCCUUCGUCUUGUUGGCAUUGCCUAUCGCUUUUUAUGAGAUUGUUCAACACAUGAUAUACUAUACGCAACCUAGGCUACAGAAAUAUAUAAUAAGAAUAUUAUGGAUGGUACCCAUCUACGCAGUCAAUGCUUGGUUAGGUUUGGUAUUUCCUGAAGGAAGUAUAUACGUGGACAGCUUGAGAGAAUGUUACGAAGCUUAUGUAAUAUAUAAUUUCAUGAAGUAUUUACUGGCCUACCUGAACGCCGACCACCAAUUGGAGCAUAGACUGGAAAUUUCUCCUCAAGUACAUCAUAUGUUUCCUCUGUGCUGUCUACCUGAUUGGGAGAUGGGCAGAGAAUUUGUACAUAUGUGCAAGCAUGGUAUUUUACAAUAUGCAGCUGUUAGGCCUAUAUCAACGUUGAUAUCAUUCAUAUGCGAACUGAAUGGAGUAUAUGGAGAAGGUGAAUUUAAAGGAAAUGUCGCUUUUCCAUACAUGAUUGCCCUAAACAAUUUAUCACAAUUCGUUGCCAUGUACUGUCUGGUACUCUUUUACCGUGCCAACGUAGAGGCCUUGAAGCCAAUGAAGCCAAUUGGAAAGUUUUUAUGUAUCAAAGCUGUCGUGUUCUUCUCAUUCUUUCAAGGAGUAUUGAUAGCUCUUUUGGUGUACUUUGAUGUCAUAUCGAGUAUUUUUAAUACGGAUAACUCGGAUGACAUCAGGAAUAUAUCGUCCAAAUUGCAAGAUUUUCUAAUUUGCAUAGAGAUGUUUUUAGCCGCGGUGGCGCAUCACUAUAGCUUCUCCUACAAACCAUUUGUCAAUUUAGCGCAGGGUCAAGCGUGGUGGGACGCAUUUAGAGCAAUGUGGGACGUUUCUGACGUGCAUAACGACAUAAAAGAACAUUUGGGCGUUGUGGGCUCGUCCCUAAGUCGCAGGAUACGAGGACGUGGUGCAUAUCAGCAGACUUGGGGAAGCGCGACAGAACGUACGUCACUCCUACCCGAGGCUACGGCGAGCCAGGCCAGAAGCGCGCCUGCCUGUUCAUUCUCGGGUUACAAUACCGAGGCCGGACUGAACAAUAAUCCAUCCGUUGCGGAAUCCGAGGAGGCGACUGCGAACACGCUGGAUAGCACUAAUGCCAUUAAUACGUAACCAAUACGACCGA